AUGGGCCAGAUUGGGAAGGGCGGUACGAGGGUGAGACUUGGCGUUGGUGUUUUGGAACAUCAAAGAUGGACAGGGUUUUCGCGGAGAUCGCUCCUCGGAUAUCUCCACAACUACAGGUCGGGGGUCUUCCAAAAUCGAGAAGAUUGGUGCAUAUGGCUAGGUCACUUCACCUUACAAUUUGUAUGGCACUCUGGCCCGGGGUUGUGGUGUGGUAGGGGAGAACGGGGGAUAAUCCCACACAGGAGCUUCGAACAACGUCCGGUUCACGUUUGGCUGGAUAACUCCACCACCACACGGGGUAUGCGGUCGGCGAUGGGGUCAAAAUGCUCGUAUGAUCGAGGGCUUUACGAUGGAUCUAUCGGCGGGUUCUUAUUCGAAAAAUCGAGCGAGUUCGUGGUGGAGCGGUUGUUCUGA